AUAUGGAAGUCGGAAAUGGAAAUAAUAUUAAAAUCGCAAAACAAAUCGUCAUGUAAAAUGUCUGAAGUUUUUUAUUCAGAAAAAUAAUGUUUCGUGAUUCAAAUUUAAUUUGAAAAAGUGGUUUUUAAUCUAUAAAAAGAAAUAAGAAGGUGCAAAGAUAUUUUACCGUUAUUUUAUAAAACCUUCGUACUGGAAAAUGAGCAACAUGAAAAAGUAACAAUAAGUACGGAAAAAUCAUGUUAGCAAACAUAUUCAAAAAGCUAAAUGCUGAGAGGCGAAUAAUAUUGCAGAAAUUUCUGAUUGAUAAAAGAACAUUUUCUGCUAUCUUGAAUACAGAUGUUCAGUUGGCGUUUUGCAGAUGUGAAAGUCAUGCUUUUCACCUGAUUGGCGAUCAGCAAAAUAGUUACGUUUCUUCUCUAUCGAAAAAUAUUGCAAGGUACAACACCAAUCUUGCAUCUGAAAAGAAAGAAAACAAUGAACUGUUUGCAACAGUAACACUUUUGCCACGCACAUAUUUACAAACUCAAUUACCUGACGACGAAGUACAGAAGUUAUUAAAACUAGACUGGACCAGUCUUUCGACUACAGAAUUUUUAUCUAAUUUGGAAAAACUCACGCUGUACACGUACAACCUCGAAAAGAAACCUGAAAUCAAUUAUGACAACUUUAUGCAGGCUCUAUCAGCAGUGAGUUCUAAUUUCCACGAUUAUGAAUUGAUUCACUUGCUUAAAUAUUUGGUUCCGUGGUACCGAAAUAAAAAUACCCCUAAAGAUGUAAUGAAACAUAUUAUAGAAACUUUGGACCUCGAGUGUUGUAAUAGAUUACCAAAACAGAAUAUCGAAAAUUUGCUUUCGUUUAGCUACCUUUUUGUGUGUCUCCGAUAUGGAAAAGAAUCAAACUUUACACGAAAAUCACUCCUUAAACUCAAUCAAAAAUCUAAACGUAUGAGUCCGUCUCAAUUAGCUCAAUAUAUGAAUCUUACGUCAGCCUGUACAAAUCUUCCUAUGAAUUUCUACGAAAUAGAGUACUAUGUAGAAAAAAAUAUGGACAGCAUGUCAGCGCAUGAGUUGUCAAGAAUUUCCAUAGGAUUUUAUAAAAACAGAAUUCAAAUAAAGAGCCCCAAGCUUUUAAUGCAUAUUUUGGAGACUAUGGUGAACAAUGUGGAGGUAAUCAGCACUCACAUGGUUUCUGCAUUUUCAAAAUUAAUACGUACGAGUUACAAACAUCAUUACGAAUUGGACAAUUUACUUCGGCAAGUACUGAAAGAAUUACAGCCACAAUUGUCGAGAUUUACUCUAAAAACUUUAACCCACAUAUCUCAUCUGGCUGCACACGCUUUUAUUUAUGAGAAAGGCCUAAUGACUUCUAUUUACGAAAGGUUGGAUGAAGAAAUUGAGAAUGCAACAAUUACAGAUAUAGAAAGGAUUUCUCUUAGUCUUGCGCAUUUUAAUUACGAUUCAAGUUAUCCUCUGUAUAAAAAGAUAGUAGACGAGAUUACCAGUCCAGGUCGGCAUAAGGAAAUUCAAGCUCACAGAAGGACACUUUCGCGCAUCCUGAAAUACUGGGCUCUUGCAGAUAUUUAUCCCAUCAAACUUCUUGAACAAAUUAUGGAUCCAGAAUUCAUAAAAGAAACAUUUUGUAGUAAGUACGCAAUGAACGAAGAAUAUUUUUUCUUGGAUCAAUGUAUCGCUGCUGAAGUGCCAAACUACACAGGACCAAGAUUAGCUGAUGGCUUGAGAGAGUUUCUAGCAAAGAGACAUAAAGCGAUAUUAUAUCCUGGAUCGAGAAAUUCUCUACAAAGUAAUGCAAUGAAGGAAAUUAUUUCAAUAUGUCAGCGACUACUAAAGACUGAAUGUGGAAUCUUCACGGAAAAAAUCUUGCCACAUUUUACUGGUCAAGACAUUAUAAUUUGUCUGGAUGAGCAAAAUAAUCCAGUUUUGCCUGAAAAAAUCUUAUCUACCAUGCGCCCUGAUUCUGUCAAACCUGUACCCAACGAAGCAAAGAAGUUAACAUGGUUUUCUAUUAUUAUUACAACGAAGAAUCAGGUGCUUAAGGAUAGUAAUGAGUUCAGUGGAAUUUUAACUGCGAGAUACAGACAACUAAAAAGUCUUGGCUAUACACCCGUAGUGGUUUCCCAUCAUAAAUGGUAUGAUAUGAAAACUCACGAAGACUGUGAAAAACUUCAGGAGAAUUAUGUAAAAACCUUAUUGAAUAUUGCAUAGUCAAUAGAAUUAUUGUUACUUUGAAUAAUAAACAAAUUUUUAAUUACUGCUCUCAUGACACAAAAAUAUCCACAAAAUACUUACAUGAAUUUAACUCCACAUUUAUGUGUUUCAAAAGAUUUCAAUGUACGAAUGUAAAUAAAGAAAUUGAAUUUUAUGGGA